AUGGACAUCACCAGCUCUUCUCUUCAGUUCCAGGACAGCAGAUCAUUCCUGUUUGACUGUGAAAACCUUCUAGAUCAGAACUACACAGUAUCAGAUGCUGGCUAUUUCAGUGCCGGCAGCAGCCUCUCUCCAACCUCUUCCAUAGAUUCCUGUGGCUUCUCCCCUCCAGCUCACUCUUAUAGAGUAGGACAAGACAUACCACAGAUCUUGCCACACAACAGCAACACCACCCAGUUGAAGAGAAAGGAUGAGCCACCCAAGAGAACCGGGCGGCCGAUGUCAAAAUUCCCUGGGGUGAAACGUCAAACCGCAAGUGAUCGGGAGAAGUUGAGGAUGAGGGAUUUGACCAAAGCCCUUCAACACCUCAGGAUGUAUUUGCCUCCGUCAGUGGCACCAGCUGGAAAGACCUUGACCAAGAUUGAGAUUCUGAGGCUCACUAUUCAGUACAUAACCUGCUUGUCUGCACAGCUUGAGCUCAGUGAAGAGGAGGCAAAUCAAGGAAUUCCUUCAGAACAGAUCCAGAUUGUGACUUCAUCAAUCAUGUUUGACAACUUCAAUGAAGUUCCUACACUUACACAAAGUUUACCUGCUCAACAUAUGCAGCCAAUGACUUAUUAUCAGAAUCCCUUCGAAGACGAUUUCCUUUCAUUCUCAGCACAGGAUUUUUGGUCGGGCCAGAAACAGUGCUGA